AUGGCCAUCGCUUACUUCAUACCCGAUCAAGCCAAGCUCCUGGCGGCCAGUAGCGCCCACAGUAGCCACAACAAUUCUAGCGCCGGUGGUGGCGGCGGCGGAGGUGGCGUCAGUUCCAACAGCACAAGUGCAUCACCGACGGCCCAAACUCAUACGCAAGCAGCGCACGGCCCUGGUGGUGGUGACCAAACACACAACACAGCCCACCACAGCGUCAACAACAACAAUAACAAUUUUCGCGCCAACAUCACCAUACCGCUGAGUGCCUACAGCGCCUCCACCACCGCACAUUCCGACGUUGGUUGUUGGGAUUUGCUGACUCAAAUAUUCUGCCACGCAUUGCGUUUCUGCCACCAAUGCGAACACCAUCCGGCGAUUAUACAAAUAUCAUUGGAAAUCAGUAGCAGUGGACCGACAGGAGCCACCACAGUGCAAGUAGAUGCGCAAGCGGCGCCAGUACAACAGCAACAACAACAAGAGCAGCAGCAAACACACGAACCAUCAGUGUCGCCGAUGUUGUUUGUGCAUCCGACGAUGGUGCCAUCAAAUGCCGCCCCACAGCAUCAGAAUCUGGUUGCCAGAGAUGCGCAACGGCCGACGGCUGAGCGCUCGUCAGGUAGUGUUGAGACACCGACGGCGGCGGCGGACGCGAGUAACAGAAAUCUUGAGCCUGGCACGCAUAAGCCGCCGGCGAAGAGAAAUUAA